GUCUAUUGAGUUGUGUGAGCGUGUGCACUUGUCCCCACUAAUCGUUGUCGUAUCGUGUGUUUCUCGCAAUAGAUGUUUACGCAUAAAAGUGUGAUAACAACUAAAAUAAGACUUUGUUAAAAGAUGUGAUCCACCUUUUUAAAGUACUAUGCCAAGGAAUAUCAAAAGAUGGCUGUUUCAGUUACAGAUACUAUUGGCCUUGCUGGUGCUCAUGUUAUUCGUAUUUUAUCAACAGGUCGGCGGUUUGGUCGGUGGUAAUGGAACUGUUUCUAAUGGACAACAUCAGGUUCUUAAAGAAACAAUUAAUGCUGUUGAAUUGUCUGAAAAAAAGAAAAUAACCGACGAUUCUUCUAUUAUACAACUGAAUGAUAGUGUUUUGAAAAAUGUAUUUAUCUCAAUUAAAACUACUGGAAGAAAUCAUUUAACUCGCUUGCCAGUAAUAAUAAAAACAUGGUUUCAGCUAGCACAAGACCAGACAUGGUUUUUUACUGAUACCGAUGAUAAUCAUCUCAGUCAUAUUACAGGCGGUCAUGUUAUAAAUACUAACUGUUCAGCCACACACAGCAGGCGCGCUUUAUGUUGUAAAAUGUCUGUAGAGUUAGAUAUGUUCCUCGAAACUAAAAAAAAAUGGUUUUGUCAUGUUGAUGAUGACAACUAUCUCAAUGUUCCAACAUUAAAUGAGCUAUUGAAAUCCUUCGAUCCACUUGGUGAUUGGUAUUUGGGACGUACUAGUACAACAAAACCAUUGGUCGUUCGAACAAAAACUCAAAAGACAUCAUUUUGGUUUGCUACUGGAGGUGCAGGAUUUUGCUUAAGUCGGGCACUUGUAUUAAAGAUGGCUCCAAUAUCUGGGAACGGAAGACUAAUGGCUAUUGGAGAUCGUAUAGGCCUUCCCGACGACGUGAGCGUUGGAUACGUGAUAGAACAUUUAUUAAAAAUACAUCUGACCAGAAUAGAGCAGUUUCACUCGCAUUUGGAACCAAUGAGGUUGAUAAAAAAAGAAAUAUUUGCUGAACAGUUAACGUUUAGUUAUUCGUUAGAUAGUGAUCCAAACACAGUUGAUAUCGAAGGAUUUAAUGAGAUUUAUGAUCCGACUAGAUUUCUUUCGCUACACUGUUAUUUAUUUCCUGAAUUGCCAUACUGUAACAAUGAAUGAACUUAUAAUUUAGAGUUAUUAAACAGAUGUUGAUAUUUCAAUUUUAAACGUUAGAAAUCGUCAACGUGCCGUCAUUUACGCCUGUCUCUGUAUACUAAAAUAUUUUAUGUGCUCAUGGAAUGAUCAUUUUUUGUAUCUAUCUUUGAUACAAAGGAAAUCGUUAAUCACAGAGUGUUUUUUAUAAUAAAACGCGUGUUAUUAUUAAGCAUUUGUUUUGUAAGAUGUAGUCAGUAUUAAAUUAUGUAUUCCUACAACAGUAUUUUAAAAUCUUGUUUUUUAAUUAAACUUUUUAAAUAUUUAAAGAUUAUAUUGUUUAAAUUUAUUUCUAAGUGUUUUUGAAUGAUUUUGUAAAGUAAAAUUAACGAAAUACUGUUGAAAAUGAACUCUAGUUUUAUUAUAACAUAAUGAGGUUUCAUUGAUUACCAGACCAAUAAUAAUGUUUAAAUACUGUUUCAGUGAGAAAAAUUUUUAUAAGGUUUCUUGUUUGUUUAAUGAAUUAAAUCGUGUAUGUAUUUAUUUAUAAAUUGUUUAGUUUUUUGCAACUGAAAUUGACUUGUAAAGGUAUAGCUAAAAUGUUCGUAUCUAAAAUAACUCAUUUUCAUAUCUACUUAACCAUAAGUAUAAAAUUAUUCUGUGAUAUAGAAAAAUAAGUUUUCAAGUUUUUAAACAUUUUCAAUGAAAGGAAAAAUGGACACUAACUAUUUGU